GCCUCAAGCACCCGCCUGGCGCCGGCGCCGUCUGAGAGCACAGACGGGGGGGGGUGGCGCGGGGGGGCCGCGACCCACCGUGCGGCCAUGGCCGUGCCAAGCUCCGUGGCCGGCGCCGUGGCCGGCGGCGGCCUGGCGGAGCAGCUGGUAUUCCAGGCCCGCUUCGGCACGGAACAGAGCAAGGUGUUGGAGCGGUUGUGUUGGGAGAGGUGCAUUGACACUUUGCAGGUUGAGGAGGGAUCCGCUCCGACGCUGGACAGGCUCCCCGAGAGAACGGGUCGGUGCCUUGACACGUGCGUCCACAAGUUCACGGACACCGCGGUGUUGGUGUCGACGGAGAGCGAGUUCUGGCAGGCGUGCGAGAUAAGGAAAGCGCAGCAGGCGCAGCUGGCCGCGCGAGCCGUCUGGGGUGGGGCUACCGUGGCCUGCACGCUCGGCGUCUGUUGCUACCUCUUCAGAGGUAGCCACGACUGAGGCGCCGGGCCGGGCCACUGGUCGCCGCACCGCGGGAGUGGCAGAAGCGCGUGCGCCGCCUCGUGCCGUACGAAAGGGUGCCAGUUGCUCUGCUUCUGUUUCGGCCUGUCGUUGCUCCUCAUCCCGUCAUGACAUUGCGCGGCUUUCCUAGAGUAUGCAAGCGCCAUUGAAGAGCUUUUUCCGUUUUGCAUGCAGCGUGAAAGUGUGAGACGCAUAGCCCAGUCAUUGACGUCGCUAAAAUAGUUGAUAUGUUGCUUGUCCAUGUGCUUUACGUUUCAGGGCGACUGCGUGGAGGCCCACGAAUGGUUCAUACUGAGUGUUGCUGAGUGUUGCAUGGAGUUCUCACGAACACUGGCGCAUCCAACAAACCCGUCACAAUCGUCAAAGUUAAUCUUUUAUAUGAUCUGUCGCCGAAGAUUUGAUUUCGGGAAGACUAGCGCAGGCUGCAUCCACAUUAUUAUCAUCAUUGAGCUGUCCUAUUCGUCGCCGAUGCGUUCCAUCAGUUUCAUCCCGUCUGCUACAAUCCGC